AUGAAUUUUUGGCAAUUCGUUUUGUGGAUAUGUCUCUCUGCAAUUAGUGUUACUCAUGGCUUAUCGAUUGAAAGAAGUUCAUAUUUAGCAUAUCAAGAAAAUGAUAUUCAUCCACGUAUUGCACGUCAAGCAGAUGGAACAACAAAUCUCGCUUGCAUGUGCCCUUGUGCGUGCACAACAACGUCGACAACAACAACAACAACUACAACAACCACAUCAUCAACUACAACUUCAACUUCAACAUCGACAACAACUACUAGCACGUCUACAAGCAGUACUUCGACAAGUACAAGCAGCACAUCAACAACAACAAGCGCAACAACCAGUACGACUAGUACAACCUCCACAACUACGACAGCAACAACCAGCACUACAACUACAACGUCUACAACUACAACAGCAACAACUAGUACUACUAGCACAAGCUCGACAACUACAACAGUAACAACUAGUACUACGACUACAUCCUCAACAACAACAACUAGUUUUACAACAAGUACUACAAGUACAACCAGUACCACUAGUACAACUUCCACAGCGACAACCACUACCACGAGUGCAACUUCCACGACUACAACAGCUACAACCAGUACUACGAGUACGACAGCGUCUACUAGUACUACAAGCACAACCUCCACUAGUACAACGGUGACAACCAGUACUACAAGCUCAACCUCGACAACUACGACAGCGACAACUACCACUACUAGCACAUCUUCAACAACUACAACGGCAACAACAAGCACUACCAGCACAACGUCAACAACUACGACUGAAACUACCAGUACUACUAGUAAAACAUCUACUAGUACGACAUCGACAACGAGCACUACAAGCACAACCACGACAACGACAGCCAGCACUACUAGUACCACUACUACAAUUACGACAGCAACAACUAGCUCUACAAGUACAACAUCGACAACUACAACAAUAACAACUAGUACAACUUCGACAACUACGACAGGAACAACAAGCACCACAAGUACAACCUCAACAACUACGACAGCAACAACUAGUACUACUAGUACAACUUCGACGGCAACAACAAGUACUACAAGCACAACAUCAACAACUACAACAGUGACAACUAGUACAACAGGAACGACAAGCACUAGUAGUACAACCUCAACAAUUACGACGGCAACAACAAGUACUACAAGCACGACUUCAACAACUACAACAGUGACAACAGGAACAACAAGCACUACGAGUACAACCUCGACAACUACAACAGUAACAACUAGUACUACGACUUCCACAACAACUAGCUUAACAACAAGUACAACCAGUACCACUAGUACAACUUCGACAGCAACAGCAAGCACUACAAGUACAACUUCGACAACUACGACAGGAACAACAAGUACUACAAGUACAAUCUCCACAACUACAACAGCAACAACUAGUACUACUAGUACAAGUACUACAAGCACAACAGCAACAACUAGUAUUACAACUACAACAACCACAAGUACAACCUCAACAACAACAACAACUAGCGGAACAACAAGUACUACAACCACAACCUCUACGACUACAACAGUGACAACCAGUACUACUAGUACAACUUCCACAACUACAACGGCAACAACAAGUACUACAAGCAUAACCUCAACAACAACAAGUCAGACAACAAGCACUACAAGUACAACCUCCACUAGUACAACGUCGACAGUAAGCACUACAAGUACAACGUCAACAACUACGACAGUAACAACUAGCACCACUAGUACAACUUCUACUAGUACUACAGCGACAACAAGUACUACAAGCACGUCGGCCACAACCAGUACUACUAGUACAAGUUCGACAAGUACUACAACUACUACUAGUACCACCAGUACAACCUCGACAACGACGACUGCAACUACCAGUACUUCAAGUACAAGUAGUACCACAAGUAGUACUUCUACGAGUACUAGUAGUACAUCAACUACAACGAGUGUUACAACAAGUUCAACAUCCACAACAACAACCGCAACAACAAGUACAAGUUCAACUUCAAGUACUUCUACAAGUACUACGUCAACUACUACUUCAACUAGUAGUACUUCCACAAGUAGUACUUCAACGUCGACUACUUCAAGUUCAACAUCAACAUCAACAACUUCUACUUCUACUACUACAUCAACGACUACAACAACAACAACAACAUCAACUACAACGACAACUUGUUUGCCAGUAUGUUUGUAUUGGGAUUGUUGGAUAAAUACAACAGCAACAUUCCCGUAUGUAUCAACAACUAUAAAUACAAAUACUACUACACAAACAAGAACCACAACAAUAACAACAACAACAACAACAGACUCAUCAGAUGAAAUUGAAAAGUUAUCAUUAACAAAUUCUAUUAAAGAUCUUCAAGCUGAAAAUUUUCGUUUGAAAUUAGGUUUAGGCUUAGGUUUAGGAGUUGGUGUAUUAACAACAGGCUCAGCGGCUGCUGGUAGUUUCAUUUAUUUUGCACGACGUGCUGCACCUUUACAAACUGCUUUUUAA